CUGUCACAUGACAAAAGCUUUGAGACAGCUUCAUCUUCGUCUGUCUGUAAUUUCCAUUUGCCUUCCUGGGUCACAGUAAUGAAAGGCAGUAGUAGGAAUAAGGAUCAUUCGACAGAAGGAGAAGGAACUGGGAAGCGACCAAAAAGAAAGUGUCUUCAGUGGCAUCCCCUGCUUGCCAAGAAACUUCUUGACUUCUCUGAAGAGGAAGAGGAAGAAGAAGAAGAGGAAGAUAUUGAUAAGGUGCCACUCCUUGGCACUGAUGGUUUAGAGCAGGAUGCUGAUGAAACUGAAGAUGACGAGUCGUCAGAGCAACGAGCUCGCCGACCAAUGAAUGCAUUUCUCUUGUUCUGCAAACGCCAUCGCUCUCUUGUGCGAAAAGAACACCCUCGCCUCGAUAAUCGUGGCGCAACCAAGAUCUUGGCAGACUGGUGGGCAGUUCUAGAUCCAAAAGAAAAGCAGAAAUACACUGACAUGGCCAAGGAGUACAAAGAUGCGUUCAUGAAGGCAAAUCCUGGGUACAAAUGGUGCCCCACAACCAACAAACCUGUGAAAACCCAGACAUCCACUGUUACCAACAGGAAAAAGCUGUGGGCCUUCACAUCAGAUUCUGCAAAAGAUCUACCAAGCCCAAGGAAGAUGACUAAAAGUGAAGAAAUGCCACAGCUUAACUUCGGGAUGGCAGAUCCUACACAAAUGGGGGGCCUGAGCAUGCUGCUGCUAGCAGGGGAACAUGCCCUCACUGCACAAGAGGUUUCCCCGAGUACUUGCCCGUCUGAUGCAACUAAUUCUACAGAAGCCUGUCAGAAGUCAUCGUUGUUUCAGUUUGCAGAGAUCUCAUCAAAUACUUCCCAGUUGUCAAGGUCUGAGCCAAUAAAGCACUGUGGGAAGUCGGCACUCUUCCAGCUGGCAGAGAUUUCCUCAAGUACAUCGCAUUCAUGCCCUGCUGAUUUAACAAAGCAGUGUGGAACAUCCGCAUUAUUUCAGCUGGCAGAGAUGUGCCUUGCUUCAGAAGCAGUAAAAGAACCUGGGAGAACAAAAGUGGAAGCGUCAGAAGGUGUGGGAAGGGACAUUCCAGAGGAAAUUGGAGUAGAACUGGAGAAAACAACAAUUAAAGACUCCUGUAAAGGAAAAGCAGAACAAUUGGAGAUAGAGAAAAUGCAAAACCAGGGUGAGACAAAAGCUGAGGAAUCAGAAACUGCAAAAUGCAGAGAUUUUACUAGUCUUGCAAUGGAGAGCAAUCCUUUUGAGACAAAUGAUGACACAAAGGAUCCCAUGUGCUAUUGUCCAGAGUUUUCAAUGGCUGACAUUAAUAUCCUCGGGCUAAAGCCAGAAAAGAUAAAAAAGAAAAAGAAAAAAAAUAAGUUGGACCGGCACACAAAUGAAAAAUCCACCCCCAAGAAGCCCUGUAAAAAGAGGCAGUCCUCCGAGUCGGACAUUGAAAGUGUAAUGUAUACAAUUGAAGCCGUUGCAAAGGGAGACUGGGGUGCUGAGAGACUGGCGGAAACGCCCCGCAAAAAACCCCGCCCUGUCCCAAAUGUGAAGGAAAGUGUGUUGGAUACAAAAUCACCAAAGAAAAAAGUGAAAUCAAAAGAGAAGAAAAUAUCAAAGGAGAAACCCCCAGAGACCACCAAAGAAUCGAAGCCUCCCGAUUUCCUUAGUAUUGUAGCCAGCAAGGAGGUACCCUGUGAGGCUUCUGGUAACAUUAAAGUGGAACCACUGACCCCAACAGAGGAGGUGGUACCCCAAAGCUUACCGGAACAGGUCAAAACUGAGGACAGUGACUGUGUUAAAAAGAUAGAAACCUGCGGCUCCAGGAAAUCAGAAAGAUCUUGCAAAGGUGCUCUUUAUAAAACUCUGGUGUCAGAGGGCAUGCUCACAUCUCUGCGCGCUAACGUGGACAGAGGAAAAAGAAGCUCAGGAAAAGGCAACUCCUCAGAUCAUGAAGGAUGCUGGAAUGAAGAAAACUGGGCUUUUUCCCAAAGUGGGACAAGUGGGAACAAAAAACUGAAAAAAACUAAGCCAAAGGAAGAGUUUGUUUUUGGCUUAGCAAAAUUGGAAGAAGAAUUUGAAAAGAAAUUCAACAGCCUCCCUCAAUACAGUCCUAUUACCUUUGACAGGAAAAAUUCAGCUGUUCCGAGGAAAAAGAGGAAGGUUGGAGGCGGCUCCUCUGAACAACCAAAAUCCAGUAAAGGUUCAUUCCAGUCUCAGAAAAAGAACUUAUUCCACAAAAUUGUCAGCAAAUUUAAGCACAGAAAGAAGCUUAAUGUUCCGGACACAGCCAUAUUCUCAGAAGACAGAAAUUCUAGUGAGUCUGCCUGGAAGAAUAAAAUUUCUAUAUCUGCCCUAAACACUCCAGAGCCAGCAAUGAUGCAUGAACCUUUAGUUGGCAGCCAGAAAAGGAAAGCAAGGAAAACUAAGAUCACCCAUCUCGUCCGAACAGCAGAUGGUCGAGUGUCACCAGCAGGAGGGACGCUGGAGGAGAAGCCAAAAGAACUGCCACAAAAUACUCUUCAAAAAACAUCAAGUGCAGAAACAGAUUGCAACAGUGAAUGCUCCAGAAACGCAGAGGCAGAAGAAAAUCCUGGUAUUACAUCAGAUAUGCCAGCGGUGUCUGCAUUUUUUAGCUUGGCUGCUCUGGCAGAAGUAGCAGCCAUGGAAAAUGUACACAGAAGUCAGAGGGCCACGCCUCUGCCACAUGACGGACAGCCAAAUGAAAUGUCUCAGGCUCCAGUGCUUAUUUCCUGCGCUGACCAGUGAAGCUCCACUUUAUUGUAAAACGUUGUGCUUUACCUAAUAUCCUAGCCUUGUCUUUACCAAGGGAAGCUAGUCAGUCCAUAUGAUGGAAACUAUAGACUGCAAGCAAGUGUUUAUUGCUCUGAGUGGCCCAGAAUUCACUGGAAGCCAAACGUUAGCAACUUGGGCCAGGUCCUCAAAUUGGAACCCAGUAGUAGGAGGGUGAUAUUAAUUGUCUAUUGAUGAACAGAAAUGGAAUGACCCCAGAACUUGCUUUCUAUUGAAGGCUUUUAAACAGUAAAUAGGUGGUUGGUGUGAAAAAGGCUGCCUUUACUGUUAGCUCACACAGCGUCUCUUUUACCAACCAGAGAGUACGGCAACUAGUUUCGUAUAAUACCUAGUUAUUCUAAAUGAAAAUAAAAAAAAAAAAA